AUGGAAGCAGAAACAGAUAUAACAAAAAGAAGAAAAGUUUCAAAAGCUUGUGAUUAUUGUAAAAAGAGAAAAUUUAAAUGUAGUGGAAUUGCACCAUGUGAAUUAUGUGCUAAAAAGGGAAUUGAAUGUUCAUUUAGUAUAAUUGAUAGAAGAACAAUAAGAAGAAAGAAUAAGAAAAGAACAGUAAAACCUAAAGUUGAAACAAUUAAAGAGCCAGUUAAAACUACAAGCACCCUAAAUAAUUCAAAAUUCGUACAUAAGAUAGUCAAAGAUGAAAAUCAAAUUGAUAAAAAUACUUUAAAAAUUUUAAAACAAAAGACAAAAUUACCAAUACGUUUUCAACCACUUACAGUUUUCCCAUUACAUAAAGUAGAUGAUGAUCAAGGUGAUUCCAACGAACCCGAAGUUGUGGUGCCACCCGAGACUAGAAAAAAUUUAUUGGGUGAUGAAUUUGAAAAACCAAAAGUAUUGUAUGACGCGGGUGGGAACUUAAGAUAUGUUGGAGAAUCAUCACCUUUAUCUUUUUUAUUUGAAUGUAGAAACAUUUUUAGUAAAGUUAUUGGGAAAUCUCAUUUUACAUCGGAGAUUGAUUCUUUGGACGUGUUUGAUAAUCAAGAAGAAGUUUUAGAAGUUGUUCAAGUUGCAUUACCUAAUAGAGAAUGUAUAAGUCGUAUUUUGGAGUUAUUUAUCUUACAUAUUAAUCAAGCUUGUUAUUUAUUUGAUGUUGAUUAUUUUGAAAAACAAAUUGUUGAACCAAUAUAUAAUAAUUAUGGAGAAUGUUCAAUAAGUCAAAUUGCAUUAAUAAAUUUGGUGAUAGGUGUUGGAUUAUUGUAUGCUGAAAGUUCUCAAGAUAUAGUUUUAAAAGGUUUAGAAUCUUCACAAAUGAAAUCUUAUGCAUAUUUUGAAUAUGGAAUUUAUUUAACUAAAAAAUACAUGAGUGUGGGCAAAUUAUGGAUUACAGAAGCAUUUGCUUUGGCGUCGUGUUAUUAUCAAGCUAAACUGCAAAGAAACACCUCGUGGAUUAUGAUUGGAAUAGCUAUAAGAAAUGCUCAAGCAUUGGGGUUGCAUAGAAAAUAUAUUAAUGAAUCAUUUAAAGAUAAAGCAUAUAUUCGUCAUAGAAGGAAAUUGUUCAAGAAUUUGUAUGUGAUGGAUAGAAUUUCGUCAGUUUUAUUGGGGCGUCCUUUGAUUAUUGAUGAUUAUGAUUGGGAUGACUUUGAAUCUUCGGAUAUUUAUGAUGUGGAUGAAAAUGGUAAACCAAUUGAAAAUAUUUAUCUUGAAGCAUUGGAACAAACAUGUAAGGUUGCUAAAAUAAUAAGUAAAAUCAUACAAGGUUUUUACAUAGAUGGUAUUAUAAACCCAUAUAAGGCAGAAAAAUUAGCAAUUGAAUUAAAAUUGUUUUCAUUAAAUUUACCAGAAAAAUUACAAAUUGAUAAAGUUAUAGAUAAUGAUGAUAAAAUUAUUCAUGAUUCAAAAGAUAAUAAAAUUCCAUUGCUACUUAUACAUUUAUCACAAUUAUAUGCUAUUACAUUAUUAUCAAGACCAUUUUUUAUGUACUUGAUUUUUUUCCAAAAAAAAUUUAAACUUAAAAGAAAAGCUAAAUCACGUCAAGAAAUUUCAAUUUGUAAUUUUUGUAAAGCAACUGUAAAAGCAUCAAGUUUAACUAUUCAAUUAUUAGAUUCUUAUGCAAAUUACACAAAAGACAGACCACAAAAAGUUGAAUCUCAUGGAUUAACUCAUGCAUGUUUUAUGGCUGCAUUAAUUAUUGGAUUAUCUAUUUUAUAUUUAGAAAGUUUUGAAUCGGGAAUUUAUGAUGAUUUUGAUACAUCAAUGCAAAUGAAAUUAAUAAAUAUAUCCAAGCGAAUAUUUGAAUUUUAUUCUCCAAUGAAUCCAAUGUCAUUUAGAUUUAAAAUUAUAAUUGAACAAAUGCAAAAUGCAUUAAUGCAAAAAUUUAAAUUAAAUAUAAAUGGUGAAAAAAUAAAUGAAAUUAAACAUCAAACUCCACCAAUUCAAUUUAAUUUUAAUAAAGAUUAUGAUGAAUUUAUUGAUAAUUUUGGAACUUUAUUACCAAUGGCAACGAUGAAACAAAAUAUGACAAAUGAAAAUGGAAUGAAAUUUUAUCAAAAUAAUUCUAAUAAUUUGACAUAUCCUCAACCUCAACCACCACCAUCAAAUGAAGUAUUGGAGGAAUUUAUGUAUAAUGUUGGAUUGAAUGAAGUUCUUUAUGAUGCAAAAGUUUAA